GUUUACUUUUAAGGCUUGACCGAAUGUCAACAAACCCCCAGAACUUCUAGCUAGUGUUUUCGAUUUCAUCAUUCAAAUCUUGGAAUUCCAACUACAUACUGGGUACCUACUCUGUACAGUUCGUUCGCAUCAUUGAUCAGGGUGAAUUGGAUACUUCAUUCAAUCACUUUAUUAUUUACAACUCAUUGUAAAUACAUUUGUUGGAUAUACCAUCGCUUGACAUUCAAUCUAUCAAGUUGCGCUAUCAACCAUGGCGUCUCCUCCGCGUCGUCGUUCUUCUCGACUUCGUACUCCUGCUAAAACACUACAAAAUACAACUCCCAAACUCACAUCUCUUGCCGAAGACGAUGAGGGUCCUGCCUAUCCUUCCCUCCCGAACCUUUCGUCCCCAGUUCAAGCGCCCCAAACACCAGCUACUUCCGGCCGCGUUGUCCCACCUCGAGAGGAAAUGCAUCCAUCCAUGACACAUAAAUCUACCACACAAAAACCCGACUCAGGACUCCGGCAUGGCUUUGUUGAUAUCAAUGCCAAGGGUGACGACCAACCCUCUGGUGUUCAACAAAAAACCCCCUCAAAAAUUGGUAUCAGCUCCCCAACUUUCGAUUUUAGAUUCGCUCGUCCUGCACCUGUUCUUGGCCCUGAAGCUCAACGUAUGAUGGAUGAACUGCGUGAAGAGGCCCUUCGCAUCAAAGCUAAACUUGCUGCGGAGCGAGAGAUAGAACAAAGAAACAAUCCAGAGGGUAGCCAAAUGGGAAGUCGAAGAAUUGCGCAGGCGAAGGGCAAGGUUAGUAGAUACAGUGAUGUUCACAUGGCAGAGUUCAAAAAGAUGGACAGUAUCGCCAAUCAUCCAUCUUCUUUCCGAGCUCAGCCAGGCAGAGUUACUCCUACUGCAAAAGCUCUUAAGCGCACACAAUCGAAGGCUAAGCUCAGUGACAGAGAUGCCACUCUUAGCGAAGAUUCUUCCCAGGAUGCCGAGAGUGAAAGACUUGAAAAUACUGCACCUGCCAAGCGGGCUCGUCAGCGUAUGACGGAUGAUACUUCCACCCAGCGACCAAUAUCUCGUGGCAAGACUGAAACCAUGGAAAUGCCUUCUACUCCCCGUCACAAGAUCUCCAGCAUUCCUGCACAUUUGACAACACCCACACAAUCAUCUUUGGCUCGUGCCCAAAGUGUUAAACAUCCUUCAACUCAAAUACCUAGCUUGUCAAGAUCGCCAUCAAAACCAAAUUUGCAAAGCACCCCCCGCGGUAUGUUAAAGUCUGCUACAAUGAACAGUAUUGCUGGAUCAAUGACUGCACCAAGUAAAUCCAUGCUCCGAACCCCAAGCAGAUUCGACCGUAUGAAGUCUAUCUUGAAGCAUACAAGCUCCAGCUUCAGCUCAAAAAAAGCAGAAAAGGAGCCAGUUAUUCCUUCAAUUGCUAGGAGUCCAAGCAAGUUGAAUCUUGCGAGAGACCUACCCUCUGUUCCCACAACACCUAUUGGUGUCAGCCGUUCUAAGAGUUUGAAGCAUGUUGGAUUCACGCCAGAGACGAAAAAGCACAGUGAAGCCAAGCACAACGAAACUAUUGUUCCACAAUCUCCAUCUCCAGUAAAGUCCGGCAUUCCUCGCUCAACAUCAAAGCCCAAUAUGAAAAUUACUUCCUCGCUUGCUCCCCGCAGACCUGUAUCCCAACAAGGACCCACUGAGGGACAGACAAAAAAUACUGAAACGUCUGAAACUAACGCAGUAGAGUACCCUUCCCUCGCUGGAGUUAGACCUCUUCCAGAACCACCUCGUCAAGCUCCUCCUCCACACCUUCCUCCUUCAGUUCCCGGCACCUUUACUUUUCGCAGUGAUCAUACUAUCAGCUUCGGUGCUUCUCCAAAGGGAUUUGGUCCAUCUCCUAAUCAAGCUACUGUCCGCCAAGUUCGUCGAAGUAUAUUUCCUGAUGCUAUGCCUGGUAGUUUCCCUGAUGGCAACAAAGAGAACACCAACCCUCCUGUUCGUGAAUCGAGCAAAAAAUCAACUAACUUUUCAGCUAUGCCAACUGUUCCCCAUGGAAUGUCAAACAAGAAGCGUAGGAGAGUCGAGUCCGAUGGCGAAGAGGAAACACGAUCACCAAAGAAGCAAAAGGCUCCAGAGGGCGCUAUGCUUAUGGCUCCAAGACUUCAAUCUGGAAAGAACGUUAUUGCCCCUUCAAACGCCACCCCAAGCCCUGCCAAAAAGAGAGGUUUGACUAUGAGUCGACUCAACAUGCUUGCACGCCCAAAGAGCCGAAAGUGAUUGAUUUGACAAUUUCUAGUCGAUGAUGGUCGUCUAUUAUCGAUUGGAGAAUCUUAAUUAAUGGCAAUUGCCCAUUCAUUCUUGUUUAUACAUUCAUACGACUCGUGUAUGUUCAGAAUUUGUUUCUAAUAGGAUUGGAGUACAUGGUUGGCGUCAACCUGAAAAAAUCGCAUAUUCAUGCAUCUCAAAUUUGGGGGGGUGUUUCAUAGUGACUGGAUUUGCCUGGAUUACUACAUUAAGAGCUGUUAUUAGGUUAUUCUUUUUCGAUAACGGAGUUGCAAGAGAUCAUGAUUCAUGUUUGUGUAGUUAAGUCAAAACUCCAGGUUGCUCUUUCUUAAUUAAUGAUAAAUGAAUAAAAAGCUACUUAUUUACA